CCCCCCCCCAAACCCCCACUCGCUUCUUCGCCUCUCGCCUCCUCCACUCCCACCUCGGCGGCGUCACCUUCCCCUCCCCGCGCGCGGGCAGCCGGGCAGGGCGUCCAAUACGGCGUCGCGCUUGGGGCGCCUUCCGAGGCGGAAGCGGGCCCCCUCCCCCCUUAUCGAGCUCUCUGGACCGGGUGCUCUCGAGCGGAGGCUUCUAGGAUCGGGAGGUGAUCGAUCGAUGCUGUGAGGUUUUGUUGUUUGCUGACCUUUACCAAAUUAUCUACAAAUCUGCACAAGUAUAAGAUACUGCAGAAGGAUUCUCGUGGUGUCUAUUGUGGACUAAUUGCAUGGAGGAAUAUUCAGACAGGAGAUCCAGAACAGAAAUUGCAUUUCGCGGGAGGGGUUCCAGAUUCUCUUAUCAAAAUCAAAGUCCUGAAGAGAGGACUAAUCACAACAGUGAUGGACCGGGAAGCAGCACUAGACUCGAUCCUAUGAAAACGGGAGUUACUGAUAAUCAAGAAAGACCAAGAUAUCUGCAUGAUUCGUUUAAAUCUUCAAGCUCAAAAGUGGGGCAUGCAAGUUCCUCCAAAUUUCCACUUAGAAAGUUUGAGGAAAAGCGAAGGCAGCCUUUGUCGACAGGGGUUGACAUUGCUGAAAGUGGUAGAAGAAAGGCUGAACCCUUCAAGCAGCUGGAGAGUAGUAAGAAAAUCAUUGUAGGUGAUGAGAGUUCAGACACUCUGCGGAUAGAAUCAAAAGGUUUUACUACUGAACAAGGUCGUUUGUUAACACCUGGUCCAGAAUGCUCUCAUUUUGCUGGUCCUUCAGGUGUUUCUGCACAUAGAGCCGAGUCCUUGGUCCGAACUGCUUCACUAAGUUCUAGGACACAUAGACAGAAAGAGAAAGAGGUGAAUUUGGGUACUCCAGGAGCAUGUUCUUCAUCUUUGACUAAUCGGUCUACUAUGCCUAGAAAUUCCACCACUGGUGUGAGGCCAGCUUAUGGUCAUGUUAGUGGAGUACAGAGACGUGGUCUUAAAAACCUUGGUUGUACUUCAGCACCUGAUGUUCAGCCUUCAGGUUGUUCAUCUGAUUCUGUUUAUAGUAGGAGGUUUGAGUUCAUGAGAAAGAGGGCUUCUGAUCCUGAAAGCUUUUCCAGAUCAAGGAGCUUUAGUGGACCGUCUAAUUCAGAUCACUCAUCUCCAACAUAUAUUCGCGAUACUGGUCCCAGAAUCAGAAUGAAUGAAUCAUUACUUUCUCAACAAAUAAUAGAAAGCAGAAGCAGAAACCAACAGGAAUCAGCAGUUUCAGUUAGGACAAGACGACCUUCUCAUGCCACUACACUGAGGGCUCCUGAUGAACGAGCAGAUGGCAUGCUUUCUUUGCAUGAGUCAUCCACAAGGAAUGGGCAAUCAGCUCAGGAACAUCUUUCACUGGAAGAAGUCUCCACCGAGAGUUCAAUAAGACCAUUGUUUGCGGAAUUACCUCAUGAUAUUUACUCAUUUAGUCAUUAUCAAAGCUCGAAUUCUCAAGCUGAAAGAGGAAGACCAAGCUCCCUUUUCGAAGAAAGUCCUCCACAAAUGUUCCAUGGACUCAUGGGGGAGAGAGAUGGUCAUAGACGCAUAAGCAUGGGAGGAAUUGCAGAGGUUUUACUAGCAUUACAGAGGUCUGAACAACAAGCUGAGCUGGCUUAUGAGCAAUUGCUGGUGCUGGAAACUAAUCUAUUCCUUGGUGCCUUUGCAUCCCAUGAUAGACAUAGAGACAUGCGGAUGGAUAUCGACAAUAUGUCAUAUGAGGAAUUACUGGCACUAGAAGAGAGAAUAGGUUCUGUAAGCACAGCCCUUUCUGAUGAGCAGUUUGCGAAAUGCCUCAGAAGAAGCAUAUAUUGUCCAGUUGCUACAGGAGUAAAUAAAUCAGUCAUAGAUGACAUAAAAUGCAGCAUAUGCCAGGAAGAGUACAAGGAGGGUGAAGAAAUUGGGCGGUUGCCAUGUGAACACCGGUACCAUGUGUGCUGCAUUGGCCAGUGGCUUAGGCAGAAAAACUGGUGUCCAGUAUGUAAAGAGUCAGCAGUACCUUCGAUGGUGGACUAAUCCAAGGAUGUUUCAAGCUAGUAUGUAUCUGGUGCCCAUGACUGUACAUGUGAACAUGUGAAUAAUAUGGGCUAGGUUCCCUCUAGUUUCUGAAUAUCAGAUACUUGGAUUCCGUAUGGCCCUGGAACUCUGGAAGACUCCUUAAAGUGCUAUUGGAAUGGAUCGAAUCACUGGUCGAUGAUUAAAUUACGUUAAGUUCAAUCA